AUGAACGCAGUAGACGCCCUUCACCACCACCACGACCAGCACCACCAUCACAAUGCCGCGAGCUUCAACAGUCCUGUAGCGCUAGAUCGCCGCAGCACUGCUGGGAGUAGCACCAGCAACGGGCCUGCACCGAGCACCAAUAGCUUUCGCAGCUCCUACGACAGCUAUCGCGACCUGCAUGCGCCGUCGUCCUCACCGCCGGCGCAUCCCAUUUACGGCCAGUCCAGCCCCAGUGUCGUCUCCAGUCUCAACCACUCCGCCGUCCCUGGCGGCUGGAGUCCUCUGCAUCGCCAGCCCUCGUCCACGCCCUCACGGAGCCAGGUCGCCGCCCCGAGUCCACGCAGCAGCCGCAACGAGCUCGCGCGUCGCCUGGCCCUUCUCGCCCAGCGCCUCACAUGCGGCGACGACAUCAACGAGCUGGCCCUGGCCGGGCAGCUCGACCAGAUGGAAAAGGCCGUCAGCCCGCCGUCGUCCCCGAACCCGCGACGGCGACCGCCCCCCACACCGCAGCAGCAACAGCAGCCAACGCCGGCCCCUGCCAGCGGGCCGUCGGAUCCCGAGACGCCCAAGUCGCCGCCGCCGAGGAGUGAAACCGAAUCUGUGUUCGGCUCCCCGCUCUCCAUGAUCCGAUCGCAGUUUUCCGACCUGUCGCUGGCAUCCAUGCGUGAACGCGAGCGCGAGCGCGAGCAGGAGCGCAUCGCCGAGGAGGAGCGGGCGUCGCGCGAACAGACGGGCAUCACAGAAGCAAAAGCCAAGCAGCUCAUUGGCGAGGCCAACAAACUCAACGAGGAGCUGUCGCAGGUGGCCGAGAAUUUGAAAGCGCGGCAAGAAGAGAUGGAGCACAUUAACAACCUCCUCAUCGAGCGCACCGAAAGAGCGGCCGAGCGCAUCGUUUUCUUGCAAAAUCGCGUGUCUUACCUGGAGCGCGAGCUCGACGACAACGACGAUGAGCUCCAGCACCUGCGCAUCGGCCUCAAAGCCGUCGAGAUCCAGCUCCCGCCCAACCCUGACGAGGAGCUCCAACGCUGCAUCAACGUCUUCAAGGACGACUUUCGCCAGAUCAAGCGGGACCGCGCCAACCGCGGGGCCAGCAUCGCCUCCUCUCGCGCCUUUGUCACCUCGGCGCCGACCACACCCAGUCCGGGUGGUAAACGACGACCCGCCACCUCCUAUCCAAUGUACACGACACCACCCCGAAACGAUAUGAAAUGA